AUAAAAAGAGAAAAAGAGUAGCUGGAAUUCGAGGUACUGGUUGGUGCCUAAAUUUUAAUCUGUAAAUAAUUUUUUUUUAUUAGUUUUAAAUCUUAUUUUAUUCAAAUUACUCGUAGCAAUAUUUUAACCUAGUUUUAAAAAACCAAAAAGAGCAAGCCAUCGAAAGUAAAAGCAAGUUCUAUCCGAGUAGCAUACGAGCUGUAUGAAGAGAAGUAGUACUAGCGAGUAGGCGGGGGGUAGAAUGGAACGAACGCAACGAGAACGAAAACGAGCGGCUCCCCGCAACCUGUAGUUACGAAGCAGAGAGUAGUCUGUACGUUAGCGAGUAGGCGGGGGGUGGUAAAGAGUCGCACGCAUCAGCUGAUAAAACUAGAUCGGUUGAAACGAACCAACGAACGAGGAAAGUAAUGCCAAGGACGUUGCAGUUUUGAUGUAUUAUUGAUGCGUGUUAUGUAAUAACGUGAAUGUUUGUUGAAAGUUUGUAGUGAAGUGCGUAUUCGUAGAGUUCGGCAUAUUGAUGCUUUUGUGGUAAAUUUUGCGCUAAUUGGUGAUCGUAAAAGCUCACGUACGCGUGUGUAUGUGCGAAAUCGUAUAAUUUGGCGUAAAAAAGUAAAAAAUCGGGUAAUUUAUUUGAGAAGUGAACAGUUUGCUGCAUGUUUGUUUCGGUAAGGUCUAACAAAGAAGCCUAAAAUCAAAAUGGCGUAAGUCUAUUGAAUAUGGUUUUUAAUUCGCUCGUGUUGUAUUUUUCCGUUAGAAAAGUGAAUAAAAAUUCGAAACGUGUUGAUUAGAAGAAAAAUUCCAGUAAAAGAGUAGCUCCUCGUGUAUUUCGACUGGGUAAGUUGAAUUUGUUUAUCCUCGUGUGCAAUUAAUUUCAUUGUGUUACACGAUACGUCAUGCUUAAUUAGUGAAAGAUUAUUAAUUUAGUGUGGUAUUUUUUGCACACAGCCGAAGAAGCUACCGGCUAUACGAGAAGCGACGUGGUUUUUUGUCUUGUUUCAACGAGUUGGAAAAACGAUAGUGGUCAAGUGGUGGCAUGAAAUUUUUCGACGAAGUUUUGUUUUAUUACAAAAGCUGAUUAGUUGGACGUUUGAGUGGUAAAUAUUCGUUUGACGAGAAUUCUAUCGACGCUGAGAUUAGGUAAGCUGGAUUAGAAGUACCUACGAGUAGUUUACACGUACCUACAAACAAAGUAAGAUAAUACGAAAAUUAAUUACCUGUCGAUGCUUUCAGUAAUAAGACAUAUUGGAUCGCAGUAAAUCGAUUCGAGAAGCUGGAAGUUUAUUUUAGUCAGACAGAGCUAUUGACGUAAAAUGGAUGGCGCGGACGAAAGAGAAGAUAUACCGAGACGAGCGUUUGUUUGGGAUGAUAGCAACAGCAGCACUUCCGAAAGCGAAGAGGAAGAUGACGCAACGCAUUACCGCGUUUUCCGCUGCCAGCUAUGCGGACAGGCCAUUGGUGAAGGCUCGAGAAGCAAAAAAUCGAAUUCCAGAGCCCUCGCCUUGCCAUGCGGACAUCAGUUGCACAAAAAAUGCAUGAAAAAGCAUAAUGUCGAGGUGCCGGGUGAUUGUCCGGUGGUCCGGUGUAAAAAAUCCGGUAAAGUCGAUCCGGCCACAUGGGUAAAAUUACGAGGUGGCACGACGGAGAUUUCGAGACGGGCCAACGAAGAUAACGAGUCGCUGCGGGAAAGAUUGCGGGAUGCGGAACGACAGGUACAAACGCUGAUCGAGCAAAACGAGUCGCUCAUGAGAAAUACGCCGAGAACCGAGUUGGAGCUACGAGAACGCGAGCUGAAAAUUGCAAUCGACAAAGCGGUGCGUCUGCGUAAAGAAUUAGACGAGCUGCAGGCUACCGCUACUGCACUUGCUGAUCGGAAUCGGGUCCUCCUACUAGCGCAUGAAGGCAAGGAAGAACCGACGCCAGAGGAGCUGGUGGAAGACGCCUACGCGAUCGAGAAAGAAAAACGAGACUUUGACGUGCGAUUCGAUGCUGAAAACAGAGCAAUUCGAGAUAGGCGUUACCAACAGUUCGAAGAAGCGUUACGCGAAAAUGACACGAGUUUCGAACGGGCAUUAAGCGCAAUAAGUCGAGCGCGCAGCUUCAAUCAUAUUGAAGAUCACCGCGUCAUGAUGCUGUUGGACCUAGAUCGCCAAGCAGAGGAGCGUGAGAUUACCUUGACUGAAAUACUCGAUGGUUUGGACGUUGUGCCGGUGUUAGGAGGUGUCGAGCUGCCGGUUGCUAUGCAAAUGAUCGGGCUUAACAGUCGCUUAGAGGAGCUGUCAAUAAGUUAUGAAGACAUCUUCGAGCUGUUGAGCGACGAGACCGAACGAGCACGAAUCACCGCGAGACGAUCGUUGAGACAGGCGAAUGCGAGGCCAUCUUCAAGCGGGGUGCCUGUGACCAACGAGCAGCCCGAAGCGAUAAAGAUAGAAGCGGUGGAGCAGCCAAUAGAAAACGAGAAGCCACCGACGCCAAGUGUUGUUAUUCCGGUCCUUUCGCCCGAGGUUAUUUCGAGCGUUAACAGAGGAGCCUCGUUAAGUUACGAAAGCGUCGAAGCGUCGGUAUCGUCGGACUCGGGUAAGAAUAGCGAAGUAAGCCCUCGAGCUGACGAAAGAGUGUCGAGACGUGUUACACGAAAGAGAACGAGUGAGAGUACGUCGGCUGAGAGCUCUGCGUCCAAAAUAUCUCGUAAUAGUGACAUUCCCGAUGGGGUACUAAUUGCGUCUUUAAAACUGUGUUUAGAAAGAGCAAGUAGAGACGAUUUACGUGGCGAAAUUCAAAGGCUGUUAGACAUGCGAGGAGAUGCUGAAAAUGACGCAAAACCGAACUCCGAUGAGACAGAAAACCUGAUUCGGAAAACUCUGCUUGAAGCGAAAGUAAAGAAGCAAGAGUCGACACCGAAGACAGAGAAGCGACCAGUGGACGUCGUGACGGGUACGCCAGCGUCAGACGCCGACAGCAGCACAAGAAAAAGUGAGUCUCGUUCGAGCCGAAAGGAUACGACUACGGAAGGUUCGUCGUCAAAGAAAUCUGUCCGUUCGAGUGCGUCGAAGUCGGGCGUUUCCGGCGUCGAGUCGAUCAAACGAGGCAGAUCAAGGAGCAGCUCGUCGAGUAGCUCAGACUCCAGUUCUUCGAGCUCGUCACCCCCGAAAAGACCUCAGCGCAAAGCCGCAGCAAAAAGAGAAGUUCCGGCAAAGAAGAAAUCAGUGUCAAAAAAGAAAAAGCCGACGCCGCCGAAGAAGAAACCGGCUGCGAAGAAGAAGGCCCCGGCACGAAAGAGAACGACGAAAGGGAAACCUUCGACGAAAGAGGAGCCCUCUGUAGAAAAAGAAAGAACCCCCGAACGAGCAGCUGAAGGAGUCCAAACGAGGAGUAAGACGCGCAGCGAAUCAAAGUCGGUAGAAGAGGGAGAAAUUACUCAGUCGAGCCAAGAGGUGCUCGAGCUGGCAGCGAGUUCGAACGAGGUGGAGGAGCUCGCGGCGAGCACGCCACCGCCACCGCCAAGCGACCCGGCCCCGAGUCAGCCACCGCCGCCGCCGAGCCCGGUGUUACGAGAACAGCUACCGGGUAUUGCCCAGGUAAACGCGCAGGAACGAGCGCGACUAGUACUGAUUGAGCGAGAGGCGCAAUACCGCCACAAUAUCGAAGAGAUGCUGCGCGAGCUUGAUCAACAAGAGGCGAAUGCGCAGGCGGGCUACUUGGAGCCACUGCCGGUAGAAGAGUGCUUCGUACCGGCCGAGCAGCGACCACCACAUCCCGCCCCAGUGUGGAUUUUGGCUAGCUUCCAGGUGGAACCGGACGGGCAGCGAUAUUAUCGUAACGUAUGGUUCCCGGUCACUCGCGAUACGCUGCAAUUGGCCAUGCAGAGCAGGGGAAUCAUUUUAGAUGAUAACCUGACGACGCGGGAUGAUUCAUUUUACGAACGAGACGGAGCAGCGGGCCUGAUCGGACGAUACUGGCGGGAAGGAGUAGCUUUCUAUGGUAUAAACUCGUUUAUAGUAAUUGGAGAUAGUUUAGCGCACGCACUAGUUAGCGAGAUAAUUUUUCAAAACCGAGAGGAGAAAGAGGCAUGGAAGAUCCACCCUAUGUCUGGCUCUCGAAUACCGAUUACGACGAUAAGGAAAAAUCUUCGGAGAUUCGUACUGCGGUCGCCUCAAAGGGUGAUUAUGUCCAUUGGUCAGUACGAGACAGAAAAAGAGGAGCUUGAAGAGAUCAAGAAACGCAUCAGAGAACUGUGGCAAACCAUGUUUAGACAUGGAACUCGCCACAUCUUGAUGGUACCGCCGGUAACGUGGCCGCAGUGUCCGGUAAGGAGGAACGAGUUGAGACAAUUCCUACGAGAAAGCCCUGGUGAUUAUUUCCCAGGCAGGUACGUUUACCUCGAAGGCCUCGAAGAGGUGAUAAAUCGAGUCCCUCCGACAGUAUUCCGUGGACCGACUCCAUAUCUAAAUGAGCACCAAGUAAGCGAGGCGCUCGUGCGAGUUUUCGAAUAUGCCAGUAUAGAAAGAAGGCAUGCUUACGGCCACUUGGCAAGGGAACGCGAUCCACCGCGACCUACGGACGAGCAGCGUCGAGAUCAAAUUGAUAGAAGUCAUGAAUUACGACGACACGACCGAGAAGCGCGCGAACACGUGGACAGAAACGCGGUAAUGGAGAGAUUGGCGCAUGAAGUCCAUGAGAGAGAUCUCAUAGACAGAGUGCAGGCGCAAGAGUAUCGAAACCCGAAUCGGAGACCGCUGCCGGAGCCGAACAUGAACGUCCGAGAAUUUGAACCGGCACCGAGGCCACGAGUAGCUCGGGAAGAUCGAAGGUGGCAGCAAGCAGCGCAGGAUAGACCAGCGGCCCAAGGGCAGCGAGUAGCUCGCGAUGAACGAAUUCAGGCCAUCGCGCAACAGCCAAUUCGACAGAAUGUCCCUGAGCAGCAGCGUCAGAACCCCGAGCAGCAGCCUGAGAAUCGAAUGCCGCAGCCAGCAGCGGUACCGGCGAUUGGUGUUGGUCUGGGUAGAGGACGGCUAGCCGAAAGAAGAGAAAUUAGACGACGAGAUGCUGAGAUGGCUCAGCGCCAAAAUAACCAGAAUCCGGAAAACCACCGUCGGUAAAGAGUAGCGACCGGAAAUGGUUUAGAAUUCGUCUGUAAUAGUUCCUAGCUGAGUCAAAAAGAGGAGAAGGCUGUAAAUUAUGUUAUUUUUAUAAUUUUUUGAGAAUGUAAUUGUUUUUUUUUUGUUUUCGUUUGCCAAGAGAAAAGCCAGAGAAGCAGUGGUUUUUUCUAUGUUAUUUUACAAGUAGAUGGAUUGAUUAAGUUUAAUUUUGUAUGUUUUUUUUUAGUUUUGUUUAAAUUGUUUUGUUUGCGAAAGGUAUACCAAAUAAAGAGUAGUGUACCAAGAAAGUGAACAACAGUGAAUCGAUUUUUUGUGUUUAUCGUCCAAUGUGAUAUUUGUGUUCCAUUUACGUGAAUUUUGUGGAAUAAUUUCUGUGUUAGGCAAACGAGUAGAAAAUAAGAGAAUUGAAAUUUUUUUUUGUUUGUUUUUAUGGUUGUAUCAUCGAAAGAGUAGCCAAAAUACGAGGUGAAAGAUGUAGUGUAAAAUAAAGACUUACGUAACGAGUAUUGAAGUUUUCAUUUCGCGAACCAACGUGUUUGAACUGGAAUGAGAAUAAAGAGCAGCUUUGGUUACCAACGAGAUACCUGUGAAAAGAAAUAAGAAAAGAACAAAGUACAAAAUUCUUUUUGGUAAAAGCAGUAAAAGAGAAGUAAAAAUAUUACAUCCCGUGACAGGUAUCAACGAGUAGCUGCGUAAACAAUCCGAGUAGCUGGAGUUAGCGUGCGUGAACUGGUCUAGACGUGUUGGAAUUUCAGCACCUGUGAAAAACAGAGUGUUAAUAUUCAGAGGUAGACUAUGAGUAAAUGAAAGAGUAGUU